AUGCCCAAGAGAAAGGUCAGCUCAGAUGAAGGGGCAGCAAAGGAAGAGCCCAAGAGGAGAUGGGGGAGGUUGUCAGCUAAACCUGCUCCUGCAAAAGUGGAAAGGAAGCCCAAAAAGGCAGCAGCAAAGGAUAAAUCUUCAGCCAAAAAAGUGCAAACAAAAUGGAAAAAGGAAGCAAAAGGAAAACAGGCUGAAGUGACUAACCAAGAAAUUAAAGGUUUAACUGCAGAAAAUGGAGAAACUAAAAAUGAGGAGAGUCCAGCCUCCGAUGAAGGAAAGGAGCCAAGUCUGAUUGAUAUCAUAUAUCAUGUCUUAUCAGUGGUCCCUGUUAUGCUUAAGUUGCACCUGGUUCGCUACCGCGCGGAAGCACCAGGGAUGGGUACCGGGACCACAGAGCAGCCAAUCACACAACACCUUCGUUCAGAUCCCUCCGCCGGAGGCCGCACCGCAGCCGCAGGUGGCCCCGGCGAGCGCCUCCACCCGGCUGCCGCCUUCCCGUUUUUGAGCCCCGGCGAUCGCCGGGCAAGGACUGAGUCGUGCUACGAGGAAGCAACUGCUUCGUUACUCCUCGAGACCCGGACCGGGCUAGGCCUGCGGCCGCCUUCUCCUCAUCUUCCCUCCCUGGCGGGGUCCGACGGCGGGCGGGUGACGGAGGCUGCACCCGGGAAGCGACUCCUCGGUGCGGACCUGCUGGCGGGAACGGCCGCGGGGGUACCUCCGGGGCCUGAGGGCCGAGGCGCCCUGGGAAGGAGUGGACAGAGCCUGAAAGGCGAUUCGGGCCCGGACUUCGCCGGCCUCCCGUUAGCCGCUCUCCCUUCCCGCCUGAGAGGACACUUCCGCCGCUCCGAGGUCAUUUUAUCUCUGUUUUGUGUCCCCGGAGUCCGGGACUGA